AUCGAGAAGAAGAUGGUUCUCUCCUCCUCAUCUCAAUAUGUUUAGUUUGAUGAGUAACUGCUGCAACUGGGUUUCCAAACUCCAGCAACCCAUGAGAAAAAUUACUUUGCUGGUGGUUGGUCUUGAGAAGGCUGGAAAAACACUGUGUAUCAGAGGGAUGUUAAGAGCUCCCCAUGGAGAAGUGACUCCUACUUAUGGAUGUGUCCACUAUGAGUUAAGGAUGGAAAAUGUCCUGGUGAAUUUGUUGGAUUUGGGUGGAGGUUCAGAACUUCGCUCAUGCUGGAGAGAAUACUACGGUGAGGCUCAUGGAAUCGUUUUUGUGUUGGACUCCAGCGAUAGACAGAAAAUGAAAGAGGUCAAAGAUAUUCUGACAGACAUGCUGAGACAGCCUAGAGUGGCUGGAAAGCCCCUAUUAAUAUUAGCAAAUAAACAAGAUAAAAUGAAUGCCUUAAUGGGAAGUGAACUGAUUGAGGUCCUGUCCCUGGACAAACUGGUGAAUCAGAGCCGGUCUCUGUGCCACAUUGAGCCAUGCUCUGCCUUAAUGGACCUGCAGCGAUGGUCAGAUAGGAAGACAUUGCGAGGGCUCAGGUGGUUACUACGGGCUGUGUGCCUUGACUAUCCAGAACUCUCUGCCCGUGUAGUCAGAGAUGGUGGAAUGACACCAGGACCAGAGGAGAAAGGGAGGAAAGGAAAGGCUGGAAAAGGUCAUAAGAAAAACAAAGUUCAAAGACUAAAAGCUUGUAAACCUGAAAUAAACCAAGCACAGCGCCCUCUGGAGGAAGAACAGAAAAGUAAGCGCCGUCUACAACCAAUUAUUCUUACUGAGAAUUCUUUUCAAAAGAAAUUAAAGAAAAAGAAGCUGAAAGUUAAGAUGAAAGCAAGAAGUUUGAAAAACGGUAGCAGAAAUAAAGAAGUAGAUAAAAUACAGAAGGAAGAGGAAGCAGAAGGAAAUGUUGUAGAACAAGAUGAUAACAGUCAGAAGGAGAAGGCUGCUAGUAACCUGUUGCCACAAAAAAGUGGGAAACUGAAAGCAAAAGUGGAGACUUUUGAUCAUCCAGAGUCUCAGGAGUCCAAGCCCUCUAAAGCAAGUAAUGGAGAAAACAAAAAAAAGAAAAAAGCAUUAAAAGGAAAACGAAAAAACAAGAUAAACACAGAAGAAAUCCCUGUCAAUUACAGACAGCCAGUUGAUCUCUCUGCCACCUUUGAUCUUUACAGAAAAGCAAUUUUGGCUCUAAAAGCCAGACAGGAUCAAAGUUUGGUACCUGAACAGUGAGAGAACUAGAUCUCCAAUGGCAGAUGGCACAGAUCCAAGACCUGUGCAUAACAUUUCAUAAAGGAACUGGAUCACAAAACUACUAUCCUUCAGUAUCUUCACUAAAUCAUGGAUUUUCACAGAGGCAUGUUCAUCUGGCUUUUCUUUUUUUUUAAGUAUCUAUGAAAUACAAGAUAAUC